AUGGCUUCAUCGUCCUCAUCUACUCAGGCAGAGAACCUUAUACUCAUAUUCGGCCCGCAAGACCCGAACCUCAACGACGCAUACCUGCAAUCUCUCCGCACGAAUCUCCUCGACUCGCCCUUUCUGCAAUGGAUCGUGCACACGCUAAUACAGUUACCACAAGAAUGGCAAAGAAUUGCACCUACACACACUGAACUAGGGUCAUUUCAAGGCCAGAAGUACCUUCAAUUAUUAAGCGAGUGGAUGAGGAAGGGGACACUACCGGGAAACAUCUUUCCACUGCCGAACAUACUAGUGACGCCGUUGGUGGUGACAACGCACUUGGCUCAGUACACGAAGCUGCUAGAGCAGUUAAACCCUGCCAUUGCUACAAAUGAUAUGCUGUCGGGGAUAGUCAAACAUGACAUACAGACAGUAGGUCUUUGCACAGGACUCUUGAGCUCUGCCGCCGUGGCAAGCUCAGCCACGCUGGCGGAACUGGAAAAGCAUGGUGCAGCUGCGAUUCGGAUGGCCAUGGCUAUCGGGGCGCUGGUGGAUGCAGGGGACACAGAGGUCGAGGACGGGGACAAGUGGCAGUCUCUAGCGGUUGGCUGGACCACCCAGAACGGAGACGCUGAACUCGAAGGAAUCUCAAAGCAAUUCUCGCAUGCCUAUGUCUCCGUUAUUUCAGAGGCUCGUCUUGCGACACUCACCAUGCUUAAGAAUGAUGCAAAUGCAAUUCAGAGGGAAUUGACAAAUGCGGGCUUCAUAUACACAAAAACCGCUCUACGUGGUCCAUUCCACUGCGGGAGCCGCGAGGACCAGGCAGUCUCUCUGAUGCGCCUGUUCGACUCCGAUCCAUCCUUCCAGUUCCCUGGUGCUUCCACACUCGUAUUUAGAACGCGAGCCCCUGACGGCGAGGAGUUUCCUUUGGACAGAAGCCUUCAUGGUGCGGCUGCUCGAGCCAUGUUGACUGACCAGGCAGACUGGCAUAAACUCUAUACGAAACUCCACGAGUCUACCAACAGCCAUCCAGGCAUUGUCAUUACCUUUGGAAGCCAGCGCUUUAUACCUCAAUGGUUCCUCCGCAAGCUGGGGCCAAGGCUGGCGCAUGUUCUCGACUUAGACGUCGGUUCGGGCCACUGGCCCGCGCCGCUGUAUACGCUCCAGGACAGCGGCCAAGACGAGUCUAUUGCCGUCGUCGGAAUGGCCUGCAACUUUCCAGGCGGCAGUGACCUGGACGAGUUUUGGGAUACCGUGUGCGCAGCAAAGUCUCAGUGCACCGAGGUGCCACCAGAGCGCGUGGACUUCGACUACGAAGCAUGGCGCGAGAAUGAUACGCAGCGAAAGUGGUUUGGCAACUUCAUUCGUGAGUACGACACCUUCGACCACAAAUUCUUCCAGAAAAGCCCCCGGGAAAUGAUAUCGACAGACCCGCAACAUCGAAUCAUGCUUCAGGUAGCCUAUCAGGCGGUGCAGCAGUCUGGCUACUUCAAUCGGCCGGGGCGUAGCAAGCAUGUCGGCUGCUACGUGGGAAUUGGGGUGACUGACUACGAGAAUAACGUUGCCUGUCACCCGCCAACAGCGUAUACGGCUACAGGAAAUCUAAAGUCCUUUGCGGCAGGCAAGAUCAGUCACUUUUUUGGAUGGAGUGGGCCGGGAGUCACUGUCGACACAGCUUGCUCUUCGUCUGCUCUAGCGAUCCACCUUGCGUGCAAGGCAAUCUUGAGCGGCGAGUGCGAUGCCUCUCUUGCCGGGGGUGUCAACGUCAUUACUAGCCCCGAAUGGUACCAAAAUCUGGAUGGCGCGUCUUUCCUCAGUCCGACGGGCCAGUGUAAGCCAUUUGAUGCAGCUGCAGAUGGUUACUGCCGUGGAGAAGGCGCUGGUGCUGUAUUCCUGAAGAGGCUAUCCAGCGCUGUCGAGGAUGGUGACCAGAUUGUGGGCGUUAUUAGGGCGACCUCUGUUAAUCAAAAUGAGAACUGUUCAGCAAUCACGGCUCCAAGCGUUCGAUCCCUAGCCAAUGUUUUCAAUGGCGUCAUUCGCAAGGCGCGAGUUGAUCCUAAGCAAAUCUCUGUUGUGGAGGCCCAUGGCACCGGGACGCAAGUCGGGGACCGCGCAGAGUAUGACAGUAUCCGCACGGUGCUGGGUGGGCCAGGACGAGCCUAUCCUCUGUCUCUGGGCUCUGUCAAAGGCCUUAUCGGCCAUCUUGAAUGUGCUUCGGGCAUCGCCGCUCUUAUUAAAGUGUUGUUGAUGGUCCAAAACGGCAUAAUCCCGCCCCAACCGGGCUUUAGCAAGAUUAACCCUAAGCUCGAGGCCUUACCUUCCGACAACAUCGAGAUCCCGACCAGCCUCAGACCAUGGAAUCCAGGCUUCCGCGCGGCUCUUUUGAACAAUUACGGCGCUUCUGGUUCCAAUGCGUCGCUCGUCGUCACACAGGCAGGUGUUCCCCAUCUCAACCAAAGCGCUAUACCUAAGGGAGCAAGUGCUGGCAGACGUCCAUUCUGGCUCUCCGGUACGGACGUUCAGUCCUUGCGGUCAUACGCCGCCAAGCUCGUCCAGAUGCUGCGGUCCCGAAAGGCAGACGAUCCUCGCUUCACGGUCGCUAACCUGUCUUUCCAAUUGGCACGCCAGUCCAACCGCAAUCUCGGGCAAGCACUGAUCUUUAGCUGUGCCUCCGUAGACGAGCUGGAGGCAAAGCUGGCCGACUUUGCUUCUGGAGGAAAUACACUGACAUCUGUUCCUCGACCAGAUUCAUCGCGGCCGGUCAUUCUAUGUUUCGGUGGCCAAAGGUCCAGCUUUGUUGGCCUGGAUCGUGAGGCAUUUGACAGCUUCAAACUGCUCAAAAGUCAUCUGACCCACUGCCACGAAACGAGUCUGGCUCUCGGUCUGGGAGGUAUACUUCCUGCAAUUUUUGACAGAACUCCCAGAAGCAGUAUUGUCGAGUUGCAGCUCAUGCAGUUCGCGCUGCAGUACUCGUGUGCAAAGACCUGGAUCGACAGCGGCAUACAUGUUGCUGCACUGGUGGGCCACAGUUUUGGCGAGCUCACAGCCAUGUGCGUGUCAGGCACGCUGUCUCUCCAAGACACCUUGAGGAUGAUUGCCGGCCGCGCGCGCAUCAUCGAGGAGAAAUGGGGGCCAGACAGGGGCUCUAUGAUGGCCGUUGACGGCGAGCUCGAACUUGUGCAGAGAUUACUGCAUAACGCCCAUGAGGCCAGUCCCAAUGAGCCGGCCGUUAACAUUGCCUGUUUCAACGGCCCUCGUCUAUUUACCCUAGCUGGCACGACAAAAGCAAUGAGGGUUGUCCGCGAGGUACUGUCCAAGGACAACAGGUUGUCAUCAAUCAAGGUAAAGUCGCUGGAAACCUCGCAUGCCUUCCACUCGACUCUAGUCGAGCCGCUUAUACCAGAUCUUGAGGAGCUUGGGGAGGAGUCGAUCUUCCGCAAACCAGUGGUUGUCCAUGAGAGGGCCACCCAGAACAGUGUCGCCGGUCCACCACCUUUCAGCAUCUUUGCCUCGCACAUGAGGGACCCCGUCUACUUUGACAGAGCGGUGCAGCGGCUGGCAAACAGAUAUCCAUCGAGCAUCUGGCUGGAAGCCGGCUCCGGCUCGGGAGUCACGAACCUCGCAAGCAGAGCAGCAGGAUCUCGGGCCAUGGCUUUUCAAUCGAUCAAUAUCACAAGCUCUAGUGCUGUUCAGAACGUGGCAGAUGCGACGCUGAACCUGUGGAAGGAAGGGCUGCAAGUGAUGUUCUGGGAACAUGUCCGCCCAUCCCCGAAAUUCCCUUUAUUACUCCUCCCCCCGUACCAAUUUGCCAAGUCAAGACACUGGUUGGAACGCAGAAAGCUCAAGACCAAGGUCUUCGUGCCCGCAUCUCCUGUUCAGGAGGCACAAAAGGGUCUCUGGACGUUCGUGGGCUAUCAGGACUCUGACAGAUGCCAGGCAAGGUUCCAAAUCCACAUCACGUCGGAUGAAUUCCAAAAUUAUGUUAGCGCCCAUGUUAUUGCGCAAACGGCGCCGAUUUGUCCCAGUAUGUUCCAGCAGGUUAUUGCUAGGGAUGCGUUGGCAACCCUGGUGGACGGGGAUAUGAUUCCUGAGCUAGAGGGUAUGGAGAACGACACCCCACUGUGUCUGGAUGGGUCAAAAUCAGUUUGGCUUGUUGCGGAGAGGCCCAGUGACAGAUCAUCUGCCUGGGACUUCCGCAUCACCAGCAGUGACUCUGGAAAUACCACUCAGCACGUUUCAGGCCGAAUCACGUUCCAGACCCCGAAGCAGUCCAUGCAAGCCUUUGCCGCGUACGAGCGUUUGGUGGAUCACCGCCGUGCCCUUGCCCUGCUCAAUGGGCAGGAAGCCGAACAGACCAUCCAGGGCAGUCGCAACAUCUACAAAUUGUUUUCGAAUGUGGUGAAUUACAAAGAAGAUGGCUACCGUGGGUUGCAGAAACUGGCAGCCACGAGCAACGAGUCGGCUGGGCGCAUCAUCAAGCAAGACUCCAGCAAGAGUAUUCUGGGCGUGGGCCUUGGAGACACUUUCUGUCAAGUUGCAGGUAUUUUCUUGAACUGCAUGACCGACUGUGACGAGGGCAAGAUGUACUUGUCCAACCGUGUUGAACGAUGGAUUAGGUCGCCAACAGUGCCACUCGACUUGCGGCCGGAGCAGUGGGAGGUGUAUGCACGACACCAUCAGCCUUCACCCAAAGAAUAUGUCAGUGAUAUUUUUGUGUUUGAUGCCACCAACGGAAAACUGGUCUGGGUCAUAUUGGGCCUUCACUUUGUCGAGGUGUCCAUCGCUGGCAUGUCGCGAUUUUUGACACGCCUGUCUGGGGGCCAGUUGGAACCGCAAGAGAAAUGCCUAGCCACGGUUGAAUUCAAGGAAGUACCUGAGCCAGUAUUUACAAAGGACGUCAGUAAGAACGAAAAAGACGCCAAAGCACCUAGCAAAAAGAAGGAAAGCACCAGCAAGUCCCCAGGCCACGAUAUUCUGGCGCGUGUGCGAACCCUAUUUUGUAACCUGCUGGGUCUCGAGCCCGUCGAAAUCCAGCCUGGCGCGGAUCUCGUCGAGCUUGGAAUCGAUUCGCUAUUAGCCAUGGAGGUCGCCCGAGAAGUUGAGAAGGAGUUUAGCAUCAAGUUUGAGCUGGACGAGCUCAUGGACAUGACCGACGUCCAUAGCCUGGUGAAGUGUAUCGGAGCAAACAUGAUGGCGUCCGACACGUCACGAACAGGAGACGACAGCAGCGACGAUCUUGAGACGGCUUCAGCGGAAAGCGAGACAUCCAGUGGCAUCAAUAAUGAGGACUCGCACAACAUUGACCGACAACAGAUUCCUGCCAGCUCCAUUGUAGACAGCUUUACUGAGACCAAACUUUUGACAGAUCGGUUCAUUGAGGCCAACAAGCUAUCCGGUUACUCGAACAACGUUCAACCAAGACUGACUGAGCUGGUGAUUGUCCAUACCCUCGACGCGUUUGACCAGAUGGGAUGUUCGAUCCGUGCUGCGCAACCCGGCCAGACUGUCCGGCGCAUCUCUCACCUGCCAAAGCACAACCAAGUCGUUGCUGUCUUGUACGGGUUGCUGGAAAAGGCCAGCCUUGUGGAUGUAGAUGGCCCACGCAUGACGCGAACCGCUGUACCAGUGCCAUCCAAGUCCGCUGAGCAGAUCCUCCAGGAACUUCUGCGCCAGUAUCCGGAGCAUGCCUAUGACCACAAACUCACAAGCCUGACUGGGUGCAAGCUGGCCGACUGCUUAACCGGGAAGACUGAAGCCAUUCAACUGCUCUUCGGUACCCCCGAGGGCCGCGAUCUCGCAGCCGGCAUGUACGGCAAGUCCCCGAUCAACGUGGCCUGGCUUCGCCAGCUGCAGCAUUUCUGGGAGCAUUUUCUUGCGCAGCUACCGCAGCACCGAACAGAGCCCAUCAACAUUCUCGAGAUGGGUGCCGGGACAGGCGGAACAACAGCUGCCCUUGUGCCGCUCCUCUCACGCUCGCGCAUCCCCGUCCGCUAUACCGCGACAGACAUCUCACCUUCACUGGUAGCUGGGCUCCGCAAACGAUUCAAGGAUCACACCUGGAUGCGCUUCGAGGUUGUUGACUGCGAGAAGACCCCUUCAAGCCAUCUAUUUGAAAGCCAGCAUGUCGUUCUGGCGGUAGCUAUAAUCCCCCCAGCUCCUUCGAAGAUGUCCACGGCUGACAUUGCUUCUCGUCAAGCUAUAAUCGACACUCUCGUCGAGAAACACACAAGCCACUUUUCCGCUCCCACAUGCCUCCCGCCCAACCAGGUCAUCGAUGGCUCCCCUCACUGCGUGCUGGUUACAGGUGCCACGGGCAGUCUAGGCUCGCAUCUGGUGGCCCACCUCGUUAAGCAAUCGAGCGUCACCAAAGUCGUCUGUCUAAACAGAGUGAGUGGUUCAGACGCAACUUCUCGUCAGCUUGACGCUUUCCAAUCGAAAGGCCUCAUAUUGGAUUCGGAAUCAUUAUCGAAGCUGGAGGUUAUCGAAACAGACUCCUCAGCACCGAGUCUCGGCCUCGUCCCCGAGAGAUACCAACACCUCGUCAACACCGUCACGGACGUCGUUCACAACGCCUGGGCAAUGAGCAUGACGCGCCCGGUGCGUGGCUUCGAGCCCCAAUUCAAAACGAUGCGAAAUCUUAUCGACCUCUGCCGCGAUUGCGCUAAUCGGCGGCAUUCAGACACCGGGAAAGUCGGGUUCCAGUUCGUCUCUUCCGUCUCCGUCGUAGGCUGUCACCCAUUUAUUACGAAGAAGGCUAUCGUUCCUGAACAGCCAGUCAAUGCGGAAUCAGCCCUGCCGAUGGGGUAUGCUGAUGCGAAGCUCGUCUGUGAGCAUAUAUUGGACGAGACGCUGCAUAUGCACCCUGAUAUCUUCCGUACGAUGUCAGUCAGAGUGGGCCAGAUAUCUGGCUCCAAGAUUAAUGGCUACUGGAAUCCGGUCGAACACUUGGUGCACCUGAUCAAAUCAUCCAAAACUCUGAAUGUCCUCCCCGAUCUUGAAGGGGUCCUGUCAUGGUGUCCCGUCGACGACGUCGCGGCCGCCUUAGGUGAUCUUCUGUUGACAAAUAAGCCGGCAUACUCUGUUUACCAUAUCGAAAACCCUGUGCGACAGCCAUGGCCUGAUAUGCUCACAAUCCUCGCAGACGCGCUUGAUAUUCCACGGACAAACGCCGUUCCGUUCAAGGAAUGGCUUCGUAGAGUUCGGCAUUUUCCUCCCAGCUUGGGAUUUUCAGAGAAUCCAGCAGCGAGGCUGGCGGACUUUUUCGAGACGGACUUUCUGCGCAUGUCGUGUGGUGGUAUGAUUCUGGAUACAACACGUAGCAGGGAGCAUUCGGCGACUUUAAGAAGUUUGGGUCCCAUUGACCAAGACUUGGUCAUGAAGAUAACCUUCAAGCGUAUUUAUGCAAUAUUCGCGAAGUCUAGUGAGGUCAAAAUCAAGAAAUCUAGCUAA